AUGGAGCAGGGCCUCUCGUUCGACCUCAAUGCCGGCCCCGAGGUGGAGGAGUUCGCCAACGCCCUGGACAACUGCCUCUCGCCAUACCUAUCGCCAGAAGACAAGCAGGCCCGCAUCCUCGACCUCCCCCGAAAAUACUACGAAAAUGCGUCCCGACGACUGCAGCAGGUGAGGCCGAAGCGAGCUCGCAGCGGCUACGAGGAUGUCGACAUGGAUGCCGAUGACGCUGAGACGGCGGAUGGAGAGGGCGUCGCUGGAGAGGCCGAUGAGAUCAAGCAGCUGGAGAAAGAGGUGCAGACAUGGGACCUGGUACGGAGACUACUACCCCUACGCUUCGCGCCUCAAGAACCAAAGACAGACGAACGGCAAUCGAUAGAAGCAACAAACCAAACACAGUCCGACUUGCUGCUCGAGUUUCUCCUUGCGGACCCCACAGCCCGAGAGCGCCAUGCUGUCCUGCAGUGGCUCCAGAGCAACGCGGCUGCUGGCCCGGAUAUCGAUGAUCUUGCCCGAGAUCUGCUGAAGCAGGCCGAUCGAGGGGACAUCAUUGCCCAUGGCUGGCUGCACACGCGCGCGACAAUCAAGCUACGGAAGAACCUGACGGCGUGGCAUGGGCUUCUGGAUCGCCAAGCGCCCAGAGUCAUGGAGUCUCACGUCAACAAGGACGGCGCGCCACUGAUCACCCAGCUGGACCCCGACGCCAUCACUCGCCAGGGCCGGAAGCUGGAGCCCGCGGACGAGUACUUUGAGCGCGCCAUCUGGCUUGGCUGCUUUGAGCAUCUUCGCCGCGGCAGCAGCCUGGAGGAGUUGCGCGAAUGGUGCCAGGAACGGACCGAGAUGUGGCGAGCUGUGUCCAUGUCUCCCAUGCUCCUGUCCGUAGACGACGAAAGCGCCCCGAUGGACGACCUGAAGCCCGAGUCCCUGGCCCUCUGGAGGCGCAUGUGCUUUGCCCUGGCUCGUCAAGGCGGCUCGGAUGAUUACGAGCGUGCCGUAUAUGGCGUGCUCUCGGGCGAUAUCAGCAGCGUCGAGAAAAUUGCCAGGAGGUGGGACGACUUCCUCUUUGCCAACUACAACGCACUCUUGCGAACCCAGUUCGACACCUACUUGCUGAGUCGAUGUCCGGCAAAUGUCAGCUCGACACUGACACAGAAUUUCUCCUCCUUUGACGCCGUGCAGUUCUUGGGAAAACCACAGGGCGUUGAGAAGCGCAUUGUUCGAUCGCUGGAGGCGCAGCCCAACACCCACGACGAGGCGACGGAGCCUAGUAAAGCUCUGCAGGCCUCACUCAUUGCCAAGGACGUCGAGCGGCACUUGUACGAGCAGGGACUGGUCAUGACGGCGGAUGCGAAUGCGAAUGGCAAAUCCAUACUUCUGCCAUCUUCUUCUCCCGAGGGCGUCAACCUAUCCGUCGUGAAGAAAAAAUACUUUAGCCUGGAUCAGCAUGAUGGACUCCGUAUUGUAGCACACGUCUACGUGCUCAUAACGCUCAUGAACAAGCUGCUGAAUAAGACCGCUGCUGCCCAGAGAAACAUCCCCAGCUCACAGUGGACAUUUGCCCAGGAGAGUAUCCUGGCGGGAUACACAGACUACUUGCGCCGUGCCGGGCUUCAGGAGCUUAUCCCUCUGUAUUGCUCAAUACUGGAGGCCCCCCGACAGUACGACGUCUUGAGCUGGAACCUGAUUCACGAAGAGGACCCAGAACAGCGCUUGCUGCAGUUGAAACUGAUAAGAAAGGCCGGCAUCGACGUGCUGAAGUUUGUGGAUAGGCAGGUGUUGCUCUUCUACGAGGCACUGGGCCAGAAGGCAGCUCAGCAAGCCCCCUUUAGCAUCGUCAGCGACGAACCGGCAGCGCCGCAGUUUGGAAAGCUGAUCAAGGCCGACUUCUUUGGCUACGAGGAGGGCGCCGCCCAGGACGACGACGACCAUGUGAUUCGUUCGCUAGAGUGGCUCUUGAUGGUGGACGGAAAGUGGGCGGAUGUCUUUGCCAUGGGGACAAAGGUUUACAAGUUCUUCUUGCGUACCGGACGGCUUGGCUCUGCCCGACGGCUGAUGGAGAAGAUCUCCCUCGAUAAGAUCAUCCAGGGGAUAUCUGGACAGGAAGAGACCGACGACUGCUGGUACGAGGACGUGGACUUUUGGGCCGGACUGAUGGAGCGCAGCGAAAUCUCCAACAUGACUCCCGAGCAGGUGCUGGCCGAGGCGCGAAAUUUCCGCGGGCUCGAAGCCCUCGUCCGUGCCUUGGAUGAUCUGGAGACGGUUGCGUCAUUGAUGAUUCUCUCGACUGAGCUGUCACACGGAGACCGCGACUUUUGGGGCCCAGCAGCCGACACUUUCAGGAAGCUCAAGGAGCACAUGCAGCCCCUGCUGAAGGGAUGGCUGAUACCCGCCAUCAAAGCUGGCGAUGUCGAGAUGCAAGAGAUCCGGGCCGCCUACCUGCCCGAGACCAUCCUGGCGUACAUCAGCGCCCUCCACUUUGCCGGCACGGGCCUGUCGCGGGACAACCUGCUCGAGUGCAUGGAGCUGGCGGCCAGGAUUGCGGAGCGCGAGUCGGACCUCAAGGACGCCUUUUCCGAAGCCAGGCGCAUGACGGAGCUCGUCGAGGCGCUUGCGGCGUGCAGCAAGGCGCUGGCCAUUGCCACCGGGGACAAGAGGCCGUCGGGUUCUAGCAGCAAGAGGCAGCAGCGCGAGUCGGGCUGGUCAAGGGACUUGUGGUCUGUCAAGGCGGCGGCGGCGACGGCAGCGACUACGGGGACGGCGGAUGCGUGA